GUGGGCUUAGCAAAUUAGCAGGCGGCACUGUCAAAAUGGUUGAGAAUGAGUUUACGGCAGAAGAAGCUGCUUUGUAUGACAGGCAGAUAAGACUUUGGGGCUUAGAUGCUCAAAAAAGGUUACGAGCAGCAAAAGUCUUAAUAGCUGGACUUGGUGGUCUUGGAGCUGAGGUGACCAAAAACCUUGUUCUUGCUGGGAUCCAUUCUGUUACUUUACUUGAUCAUCAUAAUGUAUCAGAACUGGAUUACACUUCUCAGUUUCUGUUGUCCAGAGAAGAUCUUGGUAAAAAUAGAGCAGAGUCUUCCCUUUCACACACUCAGCAGCUGAAUCCAAGAGUGAAUGUUGUAGUAGACAAAGACAGUAUUCAAGAUAAAGGAGAAGAAUUCUUUAAAACAUUUGAUGUGGUUUGUCUGACUGGAUAUUAUUCCCUUGAUGUUCUUUUUUUCAUCAACAAUACAUGUCGUAAACACAACAUAAAAUUUUAUUGUGGAGGUGUGUGGGGCUUCUUUGGUUAUGUUUUUACAGAUCUUGGAAAACAGCACACAUUUGUAGAAGAAAUACCAGUUAAAAUAGAACAGCCAGUCUAUGGAGAAAGUGGAGAACCAAUGCCAAAGAAACCUCGCAGUGAAGAGAAAACAACACAAAUGGUGAAAAAGACUGUUGAAUUUGUACCUUUGGAAAAGGCAUUAGCUGUAAAAUCUGGAAAAGCUGGUGUGGGUAUAGAUAGACGAACGUCUUCAAUAUUUCUUCUUACACAUGUUCUUUUCAGAUUUCUGUCAAAUCAUAAGCGACCACCAUUACCACAAAAUCGAACCACUGACACUGCAGAGCUGAUUAAAUUAAGAGAUGAAACUUUAGAUGAUCUGGGUGUUGAUCGAACUCGACUUGGUGAUGUGUUUUUGGACAAAACUUUUGGAGAACUUAGUCCCAUCUGUGCUGUUGUAGGUGGUGUUCUAUCUCAAGACAUUAUUAAGGCAGUUUCUGCAAAAGAUGCUCCUUUGAAGAAUUUCUUCUUAUUUGAUGGGCAAGAUGGUAGUGGAGUGGUUGAACAUUUUGGACGAUAAUGUAGAAGACGGUUUUCCACCCGAGUUCCUUAGUGAUGAUUGUUCUUUUGUAGAAGUGACAGAUGACACAGCUAUUGAAAAAUUCAGUGUUAACUAGUAUUUUGAUUUAAUACAGUUUUCUUGUUUUUCAUGCUACAGUUUUACUGAAAUUAGUUAAAACUGACACUAUUAUUGUUGGUCAUUGUGCUAUAAGCAGUUCCAAAAAUUAUAUGUCAUUUCUCCUGUUAUCAUAAAUCACAGCUGUUUCAACACAUUUUGUAUAUGAUACCAACUAUGAAAAGACAUUAUCCUCAUUUCAUCUAACUCUCUUUCUGUAAUUGUAUAACAAUGCCACCUGCUACUGGUGAGAAGACUAUUUGGAAGUUCAGACUGUCAAAACUGAAUAAAAGGAGAAGGGUGUUAAUUCAAAUUUGGUGCUCCUAGGUCUGUUAGAGGAAGAUUGUGGACUGGACAUGAAAUCAGACAAUUGGUUUAUACUGUGGAUAAUCUGAAAAAGAUUUUUGAACGUCUUUGUUCAAAUCUACACGACAUGGCCAGUAGGUAUGACCAGCUCUCUGCCUGAAGGAUGUGUGGACCUCAGAA